AGGCUUCUGGGUAGUGGUACUACCCCGCCCUCUCUAGAAGGCCUUGACUGCUGCUACUGCGGCGCGGUUCCUGCUAGGAUGGCAGCUCUGGUUGUAAACAAGCCCGGAGCUGGACUAGACAGUGUCCGGCAGGGCAGCCGGGGUACGGCUGUGGUGAAGGUGUUGGAGUGUGGAGUUUGUGAAGAUGUCUUUUCUUUGCAAGGAGACAAAGUUCCUCGUCUUUUGCUUUGUGGCCACACAGUUUGUCAUGACUGUCUCACCCGCUUACCUCUUCAUGGAAGAGCAAUACGUUGCCCUUUUGAUCGACAAGUAACAGACCUAGGAGAUUCAGGUGUGUGGGGAUUGAAAAAGAAUUUUGCUUUAUUGGAACUUUUAGAGCGACUGCAAAAUGGACAUGUUGUUCAAUAUGGAACCGCAGAAGAAACCAUUGGGAUAUCUGGAGAGAGCAUCAUUCGUUGUGAUGAAGAUGAAGCUCAUGUUGCAUCUGUGUAUUGCACUGUAUGUGCAACUCACUUGUGUUCAACGUGUUCCCAAGUUACUCAUUUUACAAAGACACUAGCUAAGCACAGACGAGUGCCUCUAGCUGAUAAACCUCAUGAGAAAACCAUGUGCUCUCAGCAUCAGGUGCACGCCAUUGAGUUUGUUUGCUUGGAAGAAGGUUGUCAAACUAGCCCACUUAUGUGCUGUGUCUGCAAAGAAUAUGGAAAGCACCAAGGUCACAAGCAUUCAGUGUUGGAACCAGAGGCUAACCAGAUCCGAGCAUCAAUUUUAGAUAUGGCUCACUGUAUACGGACGUUCACUGAAGAAAUUUCAGAUUAUUCCAGAAAAUUAGUUGGAAUCGUUCAGCACAUUGAAGGAGGAGAACAAAUAGUAGAGGAUGGAAUUGGAAUGGCCCACACAGAACAUGUACCAGGUACUGCAGAGAAUGCCCGGUCAUGUGUUCGAGCUUAUUUUUCUGAUCUGCAUGAAACUCUAUGUCGUCAAGAAGAAAUGGCUCUAAGUGUUGUUGAUGCUCAUGUUCGAGAAAAACUGAUUUGGCUCAGGCAGCAACAAGAAGAUAUGACUAUUUUGUUGUCCCAGGUUUCAACGGCCUGUCUCCAUUGUGAAAAGACUUUGCAACAGGAUGAUUGUAGAGUUGUCUUGGCAAAACAAGAAAUUACAAGGCUAUUGGAAACACUGCAGAAACAGCAGCAGCAGUUUACAGAGGUUGCAGAUCAUAUUCAGUUAGAUGCCAGCAUCCCUGUCACUUUUACAAAGGACAAUAGAGUUCAUAUUGGACCAAAAAUGGAAAUUCGAGUUGUUACAUUAGGAUUAGAUGGGGCUGGAAAAACUACUAUUUUGUUUAAAUUAAAACAGGAUGAGUUCAUGCAGCCUAUUCCAACAAUUGGUUUUAAUGUGGAAACUGUAGAAUAUAAAAAUCUAAAGUUCACUAUUUGGGAUGUUGGUGGGAAACAUAAAUUAAGACCAUUAUGGAAACAUUAUUACUUCAAUACUCAAGCUGUUGUAUUUGUUGUUGAUAGCAGUCAUAGAGACAGAGUUAGUGAAGCACACAGCGAACUUGCAAAGUUGUUAACAGAAAAAGAACUUCGAGAUGCUUUGCUCCUGAUUUUUGCUAACAAACAGGAUGUUUCUGGAGCUUUGUCAGUAGAAGAAAUCACUGAACUUCUCAGUCUCCAUAAACUGUGCUGUGGCCGUAGCUGGUAUAUUCAGGGCUGUGAUGCUCGAAGUGGUAUGGGACUGUACGAAGGGUUGGACUGGCUCUCACGGCAACUUGUGGCUGCUGGAGUGUUGGAUGUGGCUUGAUUUUAAAAGUGGCAUUUGCUUAAAGUUUUGUGGUUAAGAGUUAUUUUGCACAUAAUAUGUUGUAAAAAUUCUACAUCUCAAAAGAUAAUAUACGAGGUAUAUACAAAAGGAAUCUUGAACUGGGAUAUCAGUAUUGCUUCUUAAAAAACUUAUGUAGCAAAAAUUCAAUUAUCUGGUUUUGAAGAUUAAACUGAAUUAAAUAGGAAUUUCUUGCGUACUUUUAAAAAUGUACUUAGGUUUUACAUGUCAUAUGUGACCCAUAGGCUGGGAAAGAAACAGAGAAAAAGGUAAGUCAAGACUUUUAAAGAAAAAUGAAUAGCCAACUAAGUACUUGCUGCCACCUCUGUGUAAAAGCAAGUGCAAGAUAGUUUGCAUUGAAUUUUGGCAGUAUUUAAAUAGUAGCAAAAAGGCAAUGACUUAAUGAGAUAAAAUCCAAAUAAAUCUUUGGAUAAUAAGGGUUACAUUUACCUGUUCAGUUUAACAGAACACCAUUAAUGCUAAAAACUAGAAGUUAUAAGUAAUUGAUAAUUUUAUACAAUGUUUUAUUAAAACUGUAUUCUAAGCAUUUUGUAUAAAACCCAGUGAGUCACAAUAAAAUGUUAUCUAGGAAGAAUGACAAAGCCCGAUUGUCAGAUUUGUAUUUAACUGAAGAACAGUAACUAAUACAACUGUGAAAAUUAUGAUCUAGUUGAUCUUCAGUUAUGAAAAGUCUUAUUUCCAAGGUUGAACCUGUAUUAUUUCCUAGGUCAGAACUCUAAAUUGGUCCUUCUAUUUUUCAACAUACAUAAAGACUUAGUGUAUUAUUUUAAAUUAAUAUUGUUUUUUUUUUUUUUUUUAUUGGGAAUGACUAUUCAAGGUAAUAUGUAGUUAUACAAACCAGGGUUGGCUUUCGAUGAGAUGUAAAUCUAAGUAGAAAACUAUCUUUGUCUUCACGAAAAUAAUUUAAGCAAUGUGUAAUGCUUACUAUAUCAGUUCUUUAAAAUGUUUCCCUAAAAUUGGAGUAUUUAUCUUGACAAUUAAAUGUGAUCAGUGUUCUUGAUAAGGUUCUUGAAAAAUAAGAGGAAGAACAUGUCCAAGGAAGGAAAAGAAAAAAUAUUCAAAAUAUUUUGUGCUGUUUACUGGUUCAUUUUUUAAGGAUAUCACCUUAGAUACAAGUUAUUUACAUAUAACUAUAUUGGGCUUUGUUUUUUAAUGCUUUGUCAUUUAAGAUUAAAUUAAAAUCUCACUAUUUGAUCUGCUAUAUGGAUACUGAUGUGCUUUUAAGUGCCACUGUUUUAGUUCAGUGUCUUCAAAUGUAUUUUUUGUUAAUGACAACAAAACUUUUAGAAAAGAGUUUUUUAAGUCUGAUCAGUGUUAUAGACACUGUAAAUAGGUAAAUAUAUUUCAUCCUUUAUUUAUGGUUUGUCAUAAAUAGGUAAAUAUAUUUCAUCCUUUACUUUUCAAGUAAAAGGUCAUAUUGUUACAAGUGUAGUUUGUAUAAGUAAUACUUCUGAAUUAAAUUAUUUAAUAUUUGACUGAUUGCAGUAACUGUGAAAAAUAAAUAAGGUGUUGCAUUUGCCUGUGAGCCCUUGAACUGUUCUUUACUAGGUAACUUGGGGAAAAAAUAAAAAGGCUAACACUAACAUGUGAAUUUGCUUUCCUUGUAAUUUAUCCAGUUCAUUCCACUAAUUUUGCUAAAGUUUGUUAGACAUUACAAAACACAAUUUAAAAAUCAAACUGUUGCUUAGACCUGACUAUAACUUACAGUAGUAGUAUUAGUGGUUUUCUUUUUUUAAAGAAAUAUUUUUCUUGUGUUCUUAUGUUGUGGUUGUAUUUUUUCACAAAUCAUAAGUUGUGCUAGUCCCUACUGGGAAAUGUCAAAUUUAACAAUUGAGACAGACAUUUAAAAUGCAAUCUACUAGGCUUCGCUUCCUAGCUCUCACUUUAUGUAUUAAGUCUAAAUAUUGCUGUAUGGUUUGUGUAACAGAUUUUUCAAAUGUAAGCGCUGGUCUGUAUUUAUGGAAUGCUGUAUAAUCACCAGAAGCCAUUAUAUGCAUUAUAUAUAUAUGAUCAGUAUAGAUAGCAAUAAAAUGUUAAAGUCA